AUGACAUCAUCGUCAUCUGUUUGGGGCCAGCCCGCAGAGCUUCAAUCAGAGCUCUACAGGCUAGCCAUGGAUUGGAGGAGUGAGUUGGGGUUUACGGACCGAUUGAGGGCCAUUCAGUCCCUCACUACGGUCUACCAGCAGACUUCAUCAUCUGCGGCCUUUGCAGAGGCUCAAACAGAGGCGAGAAGAUAUGAGACUGAGGCCUACGAUCAGGCCACCUCCAAGGAGGAAUAUGACCGAAUGUGCCAGCAAGCAAUUGAUGCUGCCGAGGCUAUAGCUGUGAGACUGGUCAUCAACAGCUCAGAGCAAGUGCAAGAUGUCUCUGGAGAGACAGAUACAGAGCCAGAGGCUUCCCCAGAGUCGUCAGUAGGGGAAACCUUUGGACGGUAUACCUCCUGCUUCCAUCAUUUCGAUGGCCUGCACUCCACGAUCUACAAAUCCAAGGCCGAGGACGGUACGGUGCGUGCCGUGAAGAUCACUAUUCCGCAUCUGAUGGCAGCACCUCACGAUGUCCAACGCGAAGCACGACUGCUUCGCGAGGCGGCCAGCCCUCAUGUCAUUCCUCUAGUUGAGACUUUCAACUUGGACGGAGGUAGAAUGGUGUUGGUCUUCCCAUUCCUGCGAUAUGACUUUGCACAUUUGCUUCAGCGAGACAUGGUCACUGCCGCACAGACGCGAUCUAUCUUGCGUGACAUGUUCCAGGCUCUAGAGCACAUCCAUAAAUUAGGAAUUAUCCAUCGAGAUAUCAAACCCUCUAAUAUUCUGAUGAACUCGCCCGAUGGACCGGCCUACUUGGCGGACUUUGGAAUUUCGUGGAAAGAGGGUGACCCAGGAUCCGAGCCAAGUGACUUGAAAAUUACCGACGUGGGGACCACUAGCUACCGAGCUCCCGAGGUUCUGUUCGGAUACAAGGGAUACGGGACGUCUCUUGACCUCUGGGCCGCUGGUUGUGUGGUGGCAGAAGCUAUUGCCGUGGGACAUGGCGAGCUGUUUGAUUCAGGGCCCGUAGGAAGUGACCUCUCUCUCAUCCACUCCAUUUUCAGCACUCUGGGAACUCCAGAUGAAACAACCUGGCCGGACGUCCAUGUUCUGCCAGACUGGGGCAAGGUAGAAUUCUACACCGUCCUGGCACGACCCUGGGAGGAUAUCCUGCCAGCUGUUUCCUCCAAUGGCCGCGAUCUGGCCCGUCGCUUACUCCGCUACCAGAGUAGUGAGCGACUUUCCGCGGACGAGGCCCUCCGACAUCCGUAUUUCUCCACCGUUUAA